UAUUCAUAUUAAGCACGCAGGUUACAGAUUUUACUACAAUUAAUAUCUUUAUAUCAGUCACUGCUUUUGGAACCAAUUUUGAUUUGACUAUGGCAUGGCAUCUUUUGGAAAAAUUUAUUGAACAAGUAAGCCAGCAUUCAACGCUGAUUGGAAAAUUUUGGACAACAUUUUUCUUUGUACUUCGACUUUUGGUUGUGAUUUCAAUAUCGGACCAAGUUUUCAAGGAUGAUGAAGACGAAUUUGUUUGCAACACAAUCACGCCCGGAUGUGAAAAUGUCUGUUUUAAUCAUUUCUCCCCGAUCUCACUUUUACGAUUGUGGGCAUUGCAAUCGCUCAGUGUUUCGAUUGCCAGUGUCAUGUUCAUUGUCUACACUGCGCAUAAAAUGGCGAAAAUUGAACAAGCUAAAGAAAUAAAAAAGAAACAGAAAAUGGAAAAAAUGGCAAGACGAAAGAAUUCAAGUCUACCGCCAGAUUACAACAAGAUUAUAUAUGGGAACGGCCGUGUUGUGAAUGUUAAUGAAACGAGUCCGAAAGAAUCCACGAUAUCUCCCUCUGAAGAAGAUAAGAAUAAAAAUGAAAGUAAGGAAAAGAAAAAAGAUGAAAAGAAGGAAGAAAAGAAGAAUGACGUCGUUGCAGCGAAAUUAAAAAAUGAUAACCCACCAAGACUUUUUCUUGCGUAUGUAGCUCAGGUCGUAGUUCGUAUGAUUAUAGAAAUCGUGUUUCUUGUCAUACAAAUGAGAAUAUAUGUUUUUAAAUUCGUUGUUCCGGAAUUGUUCAAAUGUGGCAGAUGGCCUUGUCCGAAUAUUGUCGAUUGUUUUAUUUCUAGACCAAUGGAAAAAACAUUUCUCAUUUGGAUUAUGUUUACGACUGCGAUCAUCAUGAUCGGUCUCUGUAUUCUUGAUCUUCAUCACAUUGGAUUUGGAAACAUCUACGCGGCAUGGGAAGGAAGAAGGAAUGACAUCACUAAACAAUAUAAAAGCGUGACCAACAACGUUCCUGUCUUUGCUCCGGUAUAUGGACGUCGCCGUCUAUACAGAGGAUAUCCUGAGGCAGUAGGAAUCCCAUCGCUAUUGGCCUACCCAGCAAGAACGCAAACGUAUUCCAGUAGCCUGGACACCAGUGUGUACGAUGAGCAUACGUAAAUAUCCCAACAAAAACCUUAGAGGUGAUAAAAUGAUAUCCAUUGAAGAGCAAGAAUGCCUACUUUUUUUUCAUCUUUAGCAUUUGUUUUACAAGAUUUAACAGCCAUACAUAAUAAAAUCGUUAUAACUUGGCAAAUCAAAAAAUACAGUCAGAAGUAACUCACGUCCAUUACAUUACCAAUCAGUAUGCGGUGCGUGCCAUCGUAGAUCACUGUCCGAUGCGAGGUGCCCGUCGUCGUAUAGCGAGGCUGUUAAUUUAUCGCCUUAAUGAGUUGUAUUUCAUUUGUGGCACGUAUUUGACUGUUUUAUGCUAUGGUGCUGACAUGGCGAC